AAUACUUUACUUUCAGACACUCUGUUAAUGAUUUAUAGUGAUGAUUUGAUAUGGGAAAAGGAUUGAUGUGAUAUUUAGAACUUUUAGAAAGAGCUUGUUUUCUUUUAUUUCUUUGCAGCGCAGUGUGUGUGCAUGUUUUGUGUGAAGAGUUUUGGCCCUAAUCUGUCUUUUGACUGUGUGUAUAAAGUGGGCCGGUGUACUGGCUGUUUCAUGGACGGGGGUUUAAUGGGGAGUUAGUCAUACUAAAGUAUUCAUAAAGCAGUAGUUGAAAAGAGUUGUACUUCCUAGAAUGACGGAACUCAUGGGGGAAGAUAAAGAGUCUGUUAAUCUUGUUCAUUUCCCUAUUGAUUAAUGAUUGGAAAUCUUGUAUAAUAUGGUGGCAUUUCUAAUGUUCUGAAGUAUGUGUGCUAAUUUAAAAGGGACUAUUAAAUAGGAUUAUACGUAUGCAACUUGCAAACAUGAGAGACAGAUUACCCACCGAUUCCAGGGGAAAUCAGGAUAAAAUGGCGGAGACAAUACAGGACUCUUCUGCUGUCUGAAAACAAACUUGUCUUGGGCCAGAGGAUAUAUCUCAGGAGUGGCCCAAAGAACAAGACCCCUGUCAUCCACUAACCCUGCUGAGUAGGACCGUACCACUCAAACCUUGUGAAGACCAAACAGCAUCUUUCUGGAGGGAAGAGACAAGGCAUAAAAAAGAUUCCAACCAGCAUAUCUUCUCUUCAUCUAGGAGCUGUGAUUAAAGUGCAAUGAUGGUUAAACCGGUCAAGAAAAGAUUUAUCCAGGAAUGGAAAAUGACAGAAGCAGUUCAGCCCAAAGAGAAGAUACCAGAGCCCUCCCCUAAAGCUGUAAUGAAUCAUGUUGAGAAGUAUCCCCACACUUCCGCAGCCAAUCUCUUGACCCAGCAAUCGGUCAUGCACCCUACCCACCCAUUUCGCAUUACAGCCCCCGGUGUUGCAUGGGGUGCACCUCCUGGUGACCCCCAUGUAGCCAUGCGUAACCACUAUGUUGAGCCCAUGUACCUACAUCAUCAGUCCAUCCCUAGAUCAACGGGACCACCCAACGUCAUCAUCCGUCCACCAGAGAGGCAGAGCCACCCUACGAUGAUCAACCCGACGGACAUCACAGGCUUACCCGGUCGUGGUGCCAAGCGUCCACAGAUGCCCCAGGACAUGGCUGCAGUGGAGGCCAAGGCAAGCAGGAAGCGGCGCAAACCAGAGGGCAAGACUGAACUUGUUAUGAGUCCAUUCCUGAAUGGUGGCGUCAAUGGCAGCGUGCAUAUCAAUGAGAAGAUUCCUCCAAUCCAACCAAUUAUCUUAGACUUUGAGGUGCCCCUGCCGCCUAUAUCACCAACCAACUCAAAUCCUGAUGAAAAAUUUGGAGGAUCCAGGGGAGACAGUGGUGAAAAAAAGAGCGCUCAGGCCAUGUCUCCUGUCCACUCUCCUGCCAGAGAGGAUGAACCAAGGCAUCAUAAUAGACAUCCAAAACUUGCCGGUUUAGCUGAUCGACAGCCAUCCAAGCCAGGAAGUGACAACCCAACAAAGAACUCUCUCUUCAAAAAACCAGACAUUGAUCAUUACAAGUCCAGUGUACAGACAGGUGGAACCCGUUGCUUCAUCUGCCAAAACGCAAUCAUUCCCAAUCCAAAGGACUAUCCUGUUGCACCUAGUGGUCUUGUUAUAUGUACAAAGUGCAGAAAACUCGCAAAGUCUGGAAGUCCUGUAGCGAUUGGCCCACCGCCCAAACUUCAAAUACCCAGCAGAAAUAACCAAGCACGGUCUCAACCUCAGCAGAGGAUACCUCGUUCACCUGUCGCUAAAUCUCCUGCCGCCAGCCUUACUCUCCCUCGAUCACCACUCCCCCGAUCACCAUCUAGGUCUCCAGCUCCUACUUCCCCUAACCCAAACUCUUCACCUAGUUCUCCUGCAAACACUUUAUCCGCUCCUAAUUCUCCAGCUUCUACCUCUGGACUGUCUGUGCCAGGUUCACCACGAUAUUCUGCUCCAAACUCACCAAGGUAUUCAGCACCGAAUUCUCCAAGGAAUUCAGCACCAAGUUCACCCGUUUCACGACCACCAGGUUCUCCUCUGCCAAAGCAUCCCUCUAUAGUAGUUUCACGAUCUCCUUUUUUUAGUUCCAGCUCUCAUUCACAGCCACCGUCUCCACAUCCUAUUGAAUCUUCUAGUGGUAGAAGACACAGUAUCAGUGGUACACAUUUAGAGGUGCAUGUUGGCACCAGUGCUUCAAAGGCAUCUCCCACUGGCAGUAUCGGUGCAGUAGCAAGCCCACGGUCGGGAUCUACUGCAGAUUCCCCUGCGUCAAUGGAGAACUUGCAUUUACCACCUGGUCGAGAAGGUGAUGAUACAACAAUCCGUGCUCUACUGCAGCUUGGUCGCAUGAAAGCAGACAGUGAACGGAGAUCAGGGCUACAUGGAAACAGAACUCUUGAUCAGGGAGAUCUUGGGUUGCCACAGAAUCUUGCAGAUAUCUCCAAGUUAGACCAAGCUCAGCUGUUAGAAUUACAGCACAGACUCAGAUAUGCUGGGUUGCCUAGCCGUUAUUUUCAGCAAGAUUCACAGGGAUCUGCCAAUCCGGAUGAUGUGGAGACAAAAGAUUCAACUGGCCAUCAGUUAUCAAAGUCAUUGAGUCCCAAUAGUGCCAAGAGUGUGAUCCAGUUAGGCUAUCAAAGAAAUGGACCACCCUUAAUGAGAUCAGAAGGUGUCGUUGGCACUGCUCUUCCUAUUACCGCACUACCAUCAACAACAGAAGAUGCACCUUUGAAGAUCAGUCGGGUUGCUCGCAGUGCUCAAGGUAGUAUGGAUCACAGGAAUUCCCAUUCACCUAGCGACCCUCAGAGUAGAAUUGAAAUGUUGCGUAGGACUGGGCGACAAUGUGCUGCAUCCCAUUUUGAAAAAUAUGGAAAAUACUACAAGAAGAAUGGAAACAAGGCGAACACCAUCAUAGACCUGUUCCGAGACCGUUAUUCUGUGUUCCAGUGCCACUGCUCCAGUAGUGAAGUGUUCUUCAUCAGGUGUCCUGAAUGUGAUUUCAUCUGUAACAGUAUAUUUGGGAUGGAGCUUCAUAUAGCUGCCCAGAGACACGGUGAAGGUAGUGGACACCCCCCUCCGCAACCUCCAUCCAAUGAUUCAGACUAUGUGUGUGAUGACCAAUCUUGUAAGGAUAGCAGAGCCGAUAGUGAAGCUUCUCAUUCUUCAUUUGAAACCCAAUCAGCAGACACAGAAGCUGAGGGAUCAGUCAGCGGCUCACCCCCAAGAACUAUCCAAGAGACCUCUCAAAAUGUUUACAGUCCUUUACCUGGCAGUAUUCCUGAACCUUGGCAAGUAGCCAGUCGUGCAAGAUCUGGAAGUGGAGUGGUGGACCUUGGUUCUACUGUUCCACAUGUCAACAUCCCCCGACCUUUACCUCAGGGAUUAGGGGAGCAUCUGCUUCCACAUCAUAGGCCUGCAGAGCUUCCCAGCCCCCUGGAUCUGAGUGGAAAGCGGUCAGCUGAGCAGUCACUCUUUGAGCAUCGAGAAAGAAGCGGAAGUAGAGCGAGAAGAAGUCAUGAAGGCAACGGUCCAUUGGAUCUGUCUGGCUACAAACACAUCCAGACUCCUCACAGCCAAUUUGUGUCCAGCCAGAGGUUGGGAUCAGUUGGAAACGUGAUUGAAAAGUCCAUUUCUACAAGCAUUCCCAGUCUUAGUCUAUCAGACUCGGUUUCCCAGAUACCACCAGGAAUGCAAGCAGUGGGUGCCCCAGGUAUUCCAUUUGCCUGCAGUGCAUCAACUGCAAGCACUUCUCAACCACCUUAUCCAAUUCCAACCAUGCUCUAUCCUUUAUCAACUCUAGCAGGUACAAUACCUCUCUUGACCCCUAUCCAGUUCCAGUCAGCAUCUGCACCACCAAGUCCAAACCACCCAAGGCAACUAGAAGUAGGCCAGCAAAGACGUUCCUCCUUCUCCUUAGCUCCACCGUCUGAAAGAUCAUCAAAGAGUGCAAGCCCUGCUCCAUCGAUGUCUUCACCUCAAGAACAGACACGUCAGUCACUGUCCAUACCGCAGCAAUCGUCACCCAAACCUUCCUCCCAAGGUGCUAAAGGAAAAGGAUUGAGUUACCAAGGUGGCACAAUCACUAUCCAACCAUCCUCUCUAUCCUCAUCCAUUAAUCAGAAAACUGUGACAUUAGAUUCCCAGUUCUCCCACUCUUCCCCGGCCACACCCCAAGGCUCCCGUUCCCCUCAGACCCCAAUGCCAAGCUCACCCGCACCUCUUCUCUCAAGUACUGUUCAAGCUCAACCUGUCUUGGUCAAAAGUGAACCACAAAGUGAUGAAGAAAGAGACAGAGUAAUCCCAAGGUUUGGAAGGGAUAAAGACACUUCAAUCAACAAGGACGAUGGGACAGAGGGUAUGAGUGAUACGCCAGCAAGUUUAGAGGGUAAAGAUACUGAUGCAGAUAAGGACAAAGAAAAGGAACAAGAGGUAGAGAAAUCUAGUGUUAGUCCAGAAAUCCCAUCCUCUUCACACACCAACACCAUCCCACCUGUUCAGAUAAAAAUCGAAUCAGAAAAUUAGAAGACGUAGUUGAUUAUACUUAAGGUUGCCCCACUGUGGUGUAUAAAACUCUCUCAUAAAUACAAAUUGUGCUUAUAUUCAGGUUUAAAACAAUAUUGUCUUUCUAAGCAUCAAGAAUUACUUGACUUAUUUCAUUCGUUUCAAGUGACGGGGGCAUUGGAAAUCUCCACUAAAUUGUUCUUCCGUAUGAUCACUCAAGGUAAUACCAAUACAGUCACUCCAUGAACUUUCAAUAUUAUGCAUAUUGUACUCACAUCACUGUUGAAAUGUGCAGAGCUCAUAUGGAAGGUGAAUAUGAACAAAUAGACUACUU